AAAAGUUAGAAAACAGGCAGAUUGAGAGAUUAUCUCAUCCCUCUCAGUUUCCAUUCCAUGGAGAACACAAGUACAAGCCAAAAGCAAGAGAUGAUCGUGCACAUAAAGUUCUUGGAGAUACCACCGAAAGAAAUGAUUCAUCUUUCAAGAACAAACGCACUUUGCCCUCGAGCAAAAGCACUGCUAAUGUGCAGGGUUCUAGUAAACCUGUAGCUAAUGUGCAAGGUUGUAGCAAAUCUGUGAGAGUCAGUUAUGGAUCUCCUUCAGAUAUUGCUGUUGGACAUGUUAGAGAAGACAGUAAAGCCGUGAAAUGGCCCAAAAGUAGUGGAAGUAGAAUGCUUGAGGUCAUCCAGAGAAAGUGCAAGAAUAUUAUAAACAAGCUCCAGAGAAGAAUAGACAGCGAAGGCCAUCACAUAAUACCAAUGCUAACUGAACUGUGGAAAAUAAUUAAGCAUUCGAGUGGGGCCAGGGAUAACUUUUUGGAUUUUAAAAAAGUCCACCUCCGUCUCGAUAAAUCAGAAUACAAUGGAAUUAUGGAUCUUGUAUCUGAUGUGCAGUUCAUGCUGCAGUGUAGCAUGCAAUAUUAUGGGUUCUCAUUUGAGAGAAAGCUUUUGAUGGGAGUUUGA